AUGGACGACUUCGGCGGCUGGAGUAUGCAGUACGCGGCGGAGCCGUGCCUGCAGCCAUGCCGCUCGAGCGACGACGGCCUCCUCGGCGAAUUUCUAGGCGGCGGCUUCGACCUCUGUCCUGAUCAUGGCGGUCUCGAUCUGCCCGCGUCGUGCCCGGUCCAGAACCUCAUUCAGUGCCACAACGGAGGGAGUCUGUCCGACGGCGUGCAAGAAGGCUUCAUGGGCCUGGACGCGGCGGACGUGCUCCCGAGCGUCGCCGGCGCAGCGGAAGACAGCCUCCUCGACCCGUUCGUGUACGUCGUCCCGGACGACAUCACCGUCGCCGAGGAGCCCGCGCAGACUCCGGCGUCGAACACCGCCUUCUCCGGAUACAGCAGCACCACGGGUGGCGGCGGCAACGGGAACAUCUCCUCCGGCGAAUCCAACACUUGCGGCGGCUACGACACGGACGUGGCGUCGCCGUGCGCCGUGUCGCGGACACAGCUGCUUCAGACAACGACCGGCGUGCCUCCCUCGAAGCGCAAGCUGGCGGGCAAGUACCCUGCGAUAGCCGCGUCGGGAGCAAAGGCGGCAGCCGGGCGGCGUGGCGAGAAGCGAACAACCGCCGCGACGUCGUCGUCGUCGACCAGCAUCACGUUCGCGGCCGGGCAGGGCCACGAGCACGCCGCAGGAGGCUCCGCCUGCGGCGGGUACGAGCCGGACUCGGAUGCGAUAGCGCAGGUGAAGGAGAUGAUCUACCGCGCGGCGGCGAUGCGGCCGGUGCACCAGCUCGUGUGCGGGGCCGCCGAGCCGCCGUCCCAGACCAGGCCGCGGCGCAGGAACGUGCGGAUCUCGAGCGACCCGCAGACGGUGGCGGCGCGGCUGCGGCGGGAGAGGGUGAGCGAGCGCCUGCGCGUGCUGCAGCGGCUCGUGCCGGGGGGCAGCCGGAUGGACACGGCGUCCAUGCUCGACGAGGCGGCCAGCUACCUCAAGUUCCUCAAGUCGCAGCUCAAGGCGCUGGAGAGGGCAAACCCUAGCAACGGCAGCUUGCUGCAGAGCUACACGGGCGGCCUCGGUGGUGGUGGUACUAGCGCUGGCACCGUACUUGCUUUUGGAAGAGGCAGCGCCAUUGGUGGCUACGUGAAAUCCAACAGGGACAUAGCGUAG